UUGCAUUUCGUGGUCACUAUCGCAGUGGUUGGUUUGUUUUGCCGAUUUUUCUCAAUUUUGAUUUCGAAGUGGGCGUGAAUUUCAAAGAGGCGACAAAUCCAACAGAAAUUGACAAAAAAAGUGAAAAGAAAAUAAAUAAAUCAAAAUGGGUCUCAAAGGUUGUGAAAUUCUAUUGGACAAUCCUUGGAAUACUUAUUACGCGGGUCAGACCGUUAAUGGCCAAGUCAAUUUAACUUUCGAUUCAGCAAAGAAGAUACGAGGAAUUAUUAUACGAUUUUUGGGUGAGGCAAAUACAGAAUGGUCUGAAACUCGCAAGGUUACUAAUAGCGAAGGACGUGAUGAAGAUGAAACUACCACCUAUAAGGGUCAUGAAGAAUAUUUCCAAAUUAAAUAUUAUCUCGUGGGAGGAAAGAACAGUCCCGAAAUUGACUUACCUGCCGGCACUCACACCUAUCCCUUCACCUGUGCUCUGCCAGCCACUUUGCCUUCUUCAUUUGAAGGUGAAUUCGGCCAUGUACGUUACACCAUUAAGGUGACCUUGGAUCGUCCUUGGAAAUUUGAUCAAGAUAUGAAAAUGGCAUUUACCGUCAUCGCUCCGGUUGACUUAAAUCUCAAUCCACGUGUUAAGGAAACCUUUAAAUUAGAGUUGGAGAAAAGUUUUUGUUGUUUCUGCUGCAAAUCGGGGCCGCUAUCGGUUAUCACUUCUAUUCCGGUGACUGGAUAUGUCUCUGGACAAAUUAUACCAAUAACAUGUGAAUGUGAUAAUGCCAGUAAUGUAACCAUAAAUACGGUGAAAUUUGUCUUACGUAAACGGGUGACGUUCCAUACAACCCAACCAAGGGCCGAAAAGAAGGAAUCAAAAAUUACCAUUGCUGAAUUGGGCAUUGGCCCGGUGGCAGGUGGCGAAUCAAGGACAUUUAGCCAGCAAUUGGAAAUACCGCCAUUACCUCCUACUAAUCUCGUUAAUUGUGGUGUCAUUGCAUUGGAUUAUGAUUUGCAUGUGGAAUGCAACGUAAGCGGACCACAUCGUAAUCUAACAGGCAAUAUACCCAUUACCUUGGGCACAAUACCCUUGGCUUCAUUCAAGCCACCGGCACCCUAUACAGAUGUGCCAGCUCAAAUUGCACCACAACAACAGAAUGAUGAUCCCUCAAUGGCCCCCACACAGCCAGUGAGUCCGGCAAGUCCACCAAAUGGCCAGGGUGGGGCAAUGGGUUGGAAUGUGGCCGACAGUGCUGGUGGGCAAUUGUAUCCAAAUAUACCUCCUCCCCAGUUCGUAGAGACUCAAUUUAAGGCCCCCACCAUCACUAAUCGUGAUGAUUCUGAGCACACUCGUGUGAUAGGCGAAGUUGAUUUUGCACCUCGCUAUCCAACUUUCCAAUUCAAUACACCCACAGCGCCCCCCAAAAUGUAAAGGCCUUCAAACUGCUGCACAUUGAAGAAAAAUUACAAAAAAAAUCUCUAAGGAAAUUGUCAAAAAUGAGAAUCUGCUUUACAUAUGUCAUGCAAAACGCACAAUUUUCCAUGUUGCAGAAAAAAAAAACAAAAAAAAAAAAGACUUUUUAAGGACUCUAUGACAAUUUUUCAUGAAUUUCUUUAGUCCAUGUUUUUUUAGAGUCUCAAAAAUUAGUAGACAUUUUGAUUACAGAAUACAAAGGAUGUUUUUGUUUAAGUUUAAAAAAUAAUUAUACUUUUUUUUUUAAAUAAUAAAAGCAUUUAUAUUAGGAAAGAAGUUAGCAAAAAAAUUGUAAAACAAUAGAAUGUGGCAUAUCUUAUAAAGGAAUAUAGAAAGAGAAACGAAUCUCGCAAAGAUUUUAAAAAACUGCCAUAGGUAAAAGUUUUGUUUUGUUACCAAGUCAUGUUGGUAUGGUGUUUAAGUAAAACUUUCAUUGUAACCAUUUCCCCUUUUACUAAAUCUUGGAAUUUAAACUAUUUUUCAAAACGAAUUUACUGUACCAAUUGUUCCUAAUAAAUUCUGUAAUCAAAUGAAUUUAAUGUUACAUUAUAUUUUCUUUAUUUAUUUUAUUUUUUCUAUAUAUUUAGCACCGUCCGCUUUUGCUGUUCAUAAAAUUUGUUUAUGUUAUUUUUGUAAUUUUUCUAAAUUUUUGGUACAUAAUUUUAAGUUGUGUUUAAUUUAAGUUUCGAUAGUCCCCAAAAUCAUGAGUUAUAUCAAAAAGUAAAACAAUAAAAGAAGACAGAAAGAGUGCCUAUGAUUAAAAACAAAAAUGAUGCUUAAAAAGUGUUAGAAUUUAAACUAAAAAUUUCCUUUAAUUGAAAUAUACAAAACAAAAAGCUAAACAACAAUUUUAAUACGUUUUCAAAAAACAUUUAUAAAACUGCUUCCAUUUCCGUCUAGAAAGUGAAUAUGAAACCGUAGGAAUUUUUUAUUGUUAAACGUCGCAUAUGAAUUGUAAAUUCAUUUUUAUGGGCCACUGCCAUCGUAUCUGGUCCCAUGCCUACUGUCGAAUUGUAUGAAAUUUUAUCUUUAGAAAAUAACAUCAACUAGAUAUGGUGGGAGAUCUGGUUCUAUCUAUAUACUCUAAAUAUUAUCCUCUCAUACACACACACAAUAUUUAUGUAUGUAUGUAUCUUCUUUCUUUUCUCUUUUCCUUCCUUUAUGUUAUUCAAUUUUAUAUAUUUAAUAAUGAUAUUAUACGAAAAAACAAUUGAAAAUGAAUUAAGAUAUAUGUAUUUUUUUGUAUAAAUAAAAUGCCAUUUUCAAUUAUUCACCAUAA